AUUGAUGAUGUGACCCCAUUAAAAUCAAAAGGUGUUUCUGAGCACAUGAUUUUAUCAGAAGAAAAGAAGGAACCCACUGUAUUGUAUUCCCCAGAUGUGGCCUCUGUGUCUGAACACUCUCUCCCACCAUCAACAACUGAGCAAACUUCUGAAUGCCAGUCCCCAGCACUUUUAGUCACCCCCUCUGAAAAUGUGAUCCUAUCAGAAGAGACAGCAGAAAGUGAGCGGUACACACCCUCUUCCACCUCGACUUCUGAAUUUUCAGUGCCACCAUAUGCAACACCAGAAUCACAGGAGGAAGAAAUUGUCCAGAUAUCCCCUUUAAAUCUAAAAGGGGCCUCCUCACCCACAAAUUUCUCAGAAGAGCAAGAAGACAUUGGACCCUUUUCUCCAGACUCAGCAUUUGUGUCAGAAUUCUCAUUUUCAUCCUAUGCAACUCAGGAAAUGGAGAAAAGAGAAUUUGAAUGUGGUUCUCCAAUAUGUUUAACAUCACCAUCUGAACACACUGUUUUGUCAGAUGAAGACACUGAAGUUGAACUUUUCUCUCCAGACUCAGCAUCACAAGUUUCCAUUCCACCAUAUAGAAUCCCAGAAACAAAGAAAAAUGAAUUUGAGCAUGAUUCAUUGUUAACUGCAAUAUCUGCCUCUGGAUACUCUUGCUUUACAGAAGCAGGAGAGGAAGACAUUGCAACAACAGCUGAUACAGCUGUACCCGAGCACCUCAGUUCAUCACAGAAGCAACAAGCCAAACCUUCACCUUCGCUAUCUGCACCCGAAGACUUGAGUUUUCCACCUUCAACCAAUAAAAGAGAGAUCACAGAAGUUCAGCCAGAUGCUGAAACAAUCUCAACAUCUGUAUCGGAAUACCUCAUUUUGGCACAGGAGCAGAUAACUCGAACAUUUUUAGAACCUGACUCUGAAGACUUGAUUCCAUCAUCUUCAACCACUGAAAUGGAUAAGGGAGAAAUUCAGACUAGUUCAUCAGUAGCUGCAAGACCUGUGUCUUUACUUGCACAAUCAUUUAUGGAAAAGGAAGACACCAAACCUGUUGUGGCUUCAUCUCCAUAUUCAGAU